CUAACCUCAGUAUAUGUUUCUUCCGUUUACUGAUAUUCAAACCGUGAUGUGAUAUAACCUCAACCGCCUGUGACUUCUCCCAGUGACAGACUAUUUCAAUUUUUAAAAUAUUAUCUACGAAUCGUGUUAUCUUAUGUGAAUAACAAAAUGGAAAGAAAUGAGAGCUUGAAGUCUUUUAUUGCUUCUGCCAAGGAGUACUUGAGGAGCCCAAAUGAUACUACGACAGCGGUGCUUCAACGUGAUUUAGGGAUAUUAACAGCCCCGCAGAACCUGUCCAUCUUCAGUCCAGGUACACCAAUAGCCACUGACUUCUAUGAGACUCUCUACACCCUGAUAUCUACCCUCACUCCCAUGAAUCCCCUCCUGUGGAGCGUCCUGGACCUCCUCCAUACCCUUGCGUCCCUCCCAGCCUCCCUAGACUCCCUCAUCCACAUCUAUAAAUUCCCUCAGCUUCUCUCCCCCUUCCUCUCCACCUCCCUUAUACCUGAAAAGCGAAUGAAACUCCUGAAGCUCUUAAAACGGUUGACAAAAGGUAUAAAAAUCCACUGGCAAGAAUCUCACCUCCCAGCGUUAAUUCAAACCCUCACACAGUGGAUAAAUCCCUCCCAGGACACUGAGCUCAUCACGAACUCCCUCGGUCUUCUCAUCAACCUCUGCCGAAAGAAUCCCCCGGCAGUUUACACCCUGGUCGUCUCAGUCAAUAGUAAAAACUUCCACAGAAAUCUCCUCCGAUUGCAAACAAACACGUCAAAAAUCAAAAUUCUGUGCUGCAAGAUUCUUCUUAUCAUGGAAGAGACUAAUUACGAAAUCCCAGAGCAGUUCAUCCUCAAUUUUGUGGAGAUUACCUUCAAGAUAAUCGAGGAGACUCUCGAUGAAAACAAAUUAAAAUUAUUGAACGACACUGUAGACUUCUUCGAGGAAGUCAGAUGCCAUGAGAAAACGAAAAAUUCCCUCAUGAACUAUGAAAACUACCCGAAGAACAUGAAGAAAAUCAUUGAGAUGCUGGAGGGAAAGAGUCCAGAGGCUAUUGAGAUAAUGUGCAAGUUCUUCACUUCAACCCUGAAAUUAAAAGUUUCAGGGAUUGUUCAGUUUCAUCCGCAGCUUAUGAAAAUUGCCACAAAUAGUUUGAAGAAAUUCAGAGUUUCUAUGAAUUGUCUUUCGCUCUUGAAAACACUUAUCAUAGACUCAAGGAGGUACAAGAACUCCGAGGUACCCCAAGACCCUCAGCUGGAGUUUGUGGUUUCUUUGAUGACCUUCGAUAAUGUCCUCGGAGAUGAUCUCCUGGUAAUAGAGGUGAUCCAGUUGAUCCAGGAGUUAACGAAGACCUCAAAUUACAGAAUGCAUAUCAGUCAAAAUGUGCCAGAACCUAAAAUCAGGGAAAUGAUGAGGAAAAUCGAUGACGAGGACCCCAAGAGGAUCAUAAAAAACGUCUCAUCUCCUCUUUAUAUAAAUCUCCUGUGUCUUAUCUCAGAUUUGGCGACUUCCGACUCAAAAUGGCUGACACUUUACACUGAACUCAUUCAGAAUAAAAAAAUUCAAAUGAUCAUGGCGGUGUCGAUAUUCAGAGGUGACUUUGAGACUAAAUCGAAGACAUUGUCUCUGAUUUCAUCAGUUGGAUUCAAUCAGGAGUGCAUCGGGGGCGUAACCAAGUGCCUUACAGAACUGGAAAAGAUUCUGUUGAUAGAAAAACCCUUGGAGAUGUCGAAUUUUCAUCCAAAAUUCGAGGAUUUUGAGAAAUCAAAGAGGCUCUCGCCUGAGGCUUUGGAGAGACUAGACAGGAUUUUGGAAAAAUACGAGGAGAAAAUCGAAAAGAAUGAGAUGGAGAAUGUCCUUAUGACGGAGAUAAUGGAGCUGUAUGAAACGAAGGUGAAUGGGAUGAGGAGUACUGAGGAGAAUCUCAGGCGAUCAUUGAUCUCUGCUGAGAGAAAUGCAACAUUUCUUCAGCACAAGAUCUCCCAGAUGAAUUCCGAAUUGACGAAACUUCAUGAACUGUUGUACUCCUCUCGGAAAAGUGUUGAGAUUGUUCACGGUGAGAAUUGUGACCUGCAUGAACGAUUGUCAAAGGCUGAGAAGGACAGCAAAAAGAUCCAUGAGAUUCAGAAAAUGGAGAUUCAGGGGUUGAGGAAAAUUGUGGCGGAAAAAUCGAAGACGAUUGAAGAGUUCUCGGAGGUAAGGAGGGAGUUGGAUGUGGCGCUGGAGAGGAUCGAGGGCUACGUCAAGAAAUUGAAAGACUUGGAGGGGGAGAAAGCUACGUUGAGGCAAGAGAAUCAAGCGCUUACGGACAAGAAUAAGGAGUUGGGCAAGAGUAUUGGAAAACUACAAGAAAGGAUCGCGAAGAGGGAGCAGAAGAUUCUGGAGAGGGAGAGUGAAAAUGAGGGCUUGCAGGAAGCGAUGGGAGCCCUCAAGCAGGAGAGCGCGCAGCUCAUGAGACAGUGCAAGAGUUAUGAGGCUGCCAUUGCCGAGAAGGAGGAGACCAUCAAGAAAUUGGAGACUGAAUUGACUGAUUUGAGCCGAAUGAGAGAUAUGAUCUAUUCAUUGACUGCACAGAAAAAGGACACAGUGCAGAAUGAGACAACUUGAUAGAACCUUUCGUCGGGGGACCACUGCCGUUGAGGGGCAGAGGAGGGAGAGGGCGACUCAUUUUCUUCCAAUGAAUCAGUGCAUAGAUCAGUUGAAUUUAAUGUUGUU